UGGUCUAAUCUGUUGCUCACGAAACAGUUGUUUCUGUUUUGAUUAAUCAUUAGGUUACGACUGAAACAGAAACGAGGGUUUACGAACAGUAAUUUUAUUCAACCUCUGGCAGAAGCUGUUUAGUGCUGAAAAUAUCUCAAAUCUGUUUUACGUUUCUGUUUUAGCGUAUUAACUGGCUGGUGUUUUGAUCUAUCUCGUGGUUCAGGUCACGUUACAUAUAACCUGUCAGCAUGUCUUACGCCGGGGCAGUGUGGCUUGCUGUUCAGGAGGACUUAUACAGAGGUGUGUGUAGCGAACCGACUCCUAAAAUUUUUAACAGCGACAGCAGUAGCAGUAGCAAUAGCAUGGAACCCCGCGCAACAGACAAGCUCAGCCACGAGUCAAUAAGCCGCCUGGACAUUUUCGAUGAUUACUUUUUGUCACAGUGUUUUCACUUCACUCGCCAGUGUCUAACUUUUAUUGUGGACUGCAUUAAAGCGCGCAUGAAAAAAGACGUGUUUAGACCCAGUAGCGACGCCAAUUCGAUUGAAGCAAUGACACUUGCGGCACUAUAUUUCUACGCGCACGGUUUCCUCCCCAGGAAAAUCACAGCCGCAUUGGGAUUGGAGCACGCAAGUGCAAGCGACGCCGUCAACACCGUGUCUAAGGUGUUGGAAGACAUGUGCACGGACUUCAUCACUUUCCCCGGCACUUACGACGAUCGCACGGGCGUUGCACAGGGGUUUAAAUAUAUAAGUGGCAUUCCAAACGUGGUGGGUGUUUUGGGUUGGUUACAUGUCCAUGUGAACCCUUCACCGGCUGAAGAGAGUCUUUUCCUUAACACCAGGGGUUACCAUUCAGUAAUGGUGCAGAUCAUAAGUGACGUGGAUGGAAAUCUACUGAGUGUGGAGCAGUGUUGUCCUGGGGGGACGCAGGAACAGGCCGUUUGGGAAAGCUCAGAUAUUUGUCAGGAGUUUAACAGACUUCAGCAUGGUCAGACCUGGGUCCUGGGUGGUAAAGGUCUGUGUAAAGCUAAACAUGUGCUGAGCCCUGUGGAAAGUUCCCGGAUCAAGACCGAUGCAGCCAGACGUUUCAACACAGCUCAUUCUCAGGUUUGGAAAUCAACUCAACUUGUCUUAGGCUGUUUGAAAACCCGCUUCCGGUGCUUGCACAAUCUUGGAGCUGUUCUGGUUGAUAAUCUCAAGCCCGUAGCUCGCACGAUCACUGCUUGCUGUGUUCUCCACAACAUCUCAAAAAAAUUUUCAGUGCCAUUACCCGGCAAACUGGUUCUAGAGCAUUUACACCCAGAUCCAGAGAUGAAGCAAGGGGAACAGGAGAACUUUGUUGACACAGAAGAGGCAAUAGAAGACAUGAUAGAGAUGUGUUUUGGGAAUUCUGGGGAUGAAGAGGAGCAAGAAGAAAUGAAAACCAUUGAGGACAUUCAGAAGAGGCACAAACAAAAUGAUCACAAUUCACACAAGAAGUUUUUUUGAAUCUUGAAGGAUAUUGCACAUGGGAACUGUAGUCUGACUCCCACUGAUCAGCCCGAGUUCAGAAUGCCAACCUGAGGAGCAAUAAUAUAUAGUUCUGCCGAUAUAGUCCUUUCACAGAUUAACUUGUCUAAAAUAAAAAUUGUUGUGGGUGUGUACAGGGUUAUAGAGUAGCCACCAGUUUCUGUUUUAGUUAAGACACUAGAAAAGUUGGAUGUAAACACUAGAAAUGUUUACAUGCAGGAAAGUAGAAAUGUUUUUGUUUAUUGUUAUUACCAUUAAAAUUAUUUGUAAACCCUUACCCCCCAGACACACAUUUUAUACUUUUGACCAUAAAAGUGCAGUUUUCCAAAAAAGUUAAUUUUGGUUAAUAAAAGAAAAUUAUCAAAAAUAUCUUAUAAAGUUAACUGAUGUUCACUAUAGUCUAAUGCUAGCUAAGUCAAACAUACAUUCAUUGAGUUUAUUUCACAUUCAUGAACUCAAUGCAUCCCCCAUUUACCUUGACAGAAAGUGAGAAGGCCACAUCUUUCAAGUGGGAAAAUCGAGAGGAGACAAUAGAUUACUUAAUGUGAGAUUAGAGAAGGGGGCAGGGCAUUCAGGAGGUCCGUUAAUAUUACAGAGUUCAAAACACAUAUACAAUUGUCAGUCGUUCUAGAUUCAUAUAUCUAUUGGCUUAUCUAUUGGUUUUAUUGGGGAGAAAAGGAUGAUUGGUCAUUUUGAGUAUUUUUAGUGAUAGUGUGGCAGUGUACUCUAAUGCAGUGGUUCUUAAAAUUUUCAGUAUGAGGCCCCCCUUAUGUAGGGUGUAUCUCUUUGUAGCCCCCUAGAGUCGUCAAAUUUCACAAUUUCCUUUUUUCACACUAGGCUCUUCUAUAUUAUCUUUCUCAGCUAAAAGACUAUGUCCUCUAUCUAAAAACUUAUCCAUUUUAAAUAGUCUUAGGUUUUACCAGUGUGUGGCUAACAGUACACUAGUAUAUAGGGGCAGUGGUGGCUUAGCAGUGAAGGAUCGGAAGGUCGGGGGUUCUAGCCCCAGCACUGCCAAGCUGCCACUGUUGGGCCCUUGAGCAAGGCCCUUAAACCUCUCUGCUCCAGGGGCGCUGUAUCAUGGCUGACCCUGCGCUCUGACCCCAACCUCCUAACAUGCUGGAAUAUGCGAAGAAAAGAAUUUCACUGUGCUCUAAUGUAUAUGUGACCAAUAAAGACUCAUUAUUAUUA